UUAAAAAAAAUGAACAUUGUUUGUGUAAUACUUUUUUACGGUGACUAAUUGUAACACUUGGUAUUAACCAAACUUACUAUUGAUGAAUAUGCUAAAAUGGAAGCCUCCUGUAGCUUGAACAAUGAAAUGUCCAUAAUCUACUAGUUUAUACGUGGACUGUACACCUUCCAUGGAUUGCAACCUGUUGCAAACAAAAGGCUCCACCAAAACUUAUAUUUUUUCUUUCUUUCAAGAAGAGUGUAUUUUGACGUUUUUAUGGGAGUGCAUAGACUAUUUAUUAAACACAGUUUAAAGAAAAAUAAUUGGCAUUUGGCAAGAAUAUAAAUAAAGUAAACAAGGAAAUCAAAUAUUAAUUUAGUUAGCUAAAGAGAUACAGAGUGAAAUCCGUUUUGGAUUUUCCUUCUAUUUAAGCCCCUCUCCACUUCCUCAAAGCAAAGCCCCACUUAUCAUGCGGCCCGUGACUAAACUUGUCUCUCUGACUCUCUGUUCCUCUCUGGCCGUUUCCUUUUCUCCCCGCGAGGAAAGCAAAGCACGAUCUGCUGAGAGUGUGUAAUUAAGCUGAGGUACCCAAGAAAGAAAGAAGGGGGAAAUGGGGAAAGGCAGAGCGCCGUGCUGCGACAAGAACCAAGUGAAGAGAGGCCCAUGGAGCCCUGCAGAGGACCUCAGGCUCAUGACUUUCAUUCAGAAACACGGCCAUGAAAACUGGAGAUCCCUACCCAAACAAGCUGGUCAGUCACCUUCUCCACCCUCGAUCUGCUUUUCUAUUCUCCGCAAAGGUUUCAACCCGUGGGUUGUCUGAGUACCCUCUGUCUGUCUUGCUCUGUUUUUCCCCCCUCCCCUGUUUUCUGGUCUUUUUCAUUGACAAAACCAGAAUUCUCUGUUUCUUCUGGAUUUUGAAUUUCAUUUCCUUUUCUCAUUUUUGGUAAGGUAUUUGAUAGGAUCAAUAUUUCCUCCAUUUUUUGGCUGGUAAUAAAUAAAAUGCACUGUUUCAGAAAUUAGGAAUACAAGAUAAUAUAAUUUCCAAAAACAAAUAUGCAAAAUCUAGCAAGUCAUUAUGGUAUUUAACGCAACGCACAGAAUACACAAAAGGGCAAAUGAAUCAAAAUUAUGAGUUGAGUUGCUAGUCCUAAAGACUUUAUUGUAUAAGAUGGUCACAUCUUUGAAAAAAGUUUCCCCCAUCUCCAUGACUAGUCUGAACCGUCGCAUCAUCUUGGAGAUUUUGUGGAUAAAUGUCCAUAUUAUUAUUACUUAUUAGCCUCCAAAGUCCAACCCAAUACUAGUACCACACAGUUUUAGCGACAACAUCAAAAUCGUCACUAAUAACCUUUUGUUCGUUUUUCUUUUCGCAAGUUUAUCCUGUUUAACACGCAUGCAUUCUUUUAAUUUCCAUGUGGAAAACCCAAACAAGUAGACAAGAUUCCUAAUUCAAAUUAGUGGUUCAACAAUGAAAUCAUUAAUUCAUAUUUCAAUAUAUAGUAACACUAUACUUGGUUGGUCAUAUAUAAAUCCUAAUUAUAUAUUUGUAUUCGUAACAGGACUAUCGCGAUGUGGGAAGAGUUGUCGUCUGAGAUGGAUUAAUUACCUAAGACCAGAUGUAAAGCGUGGCAACUUCACCCAAGAGGAAGAAGACUCCAUUAUCCGUCUCCAUCGUGAGCUUGGCAACAAGUAAGCUAAUUAGCUAACCUUGCUUUAUCUCCCUUUUCUUAUACUUCAUGACCUCAUGUCUUACGUGAUUAUCAAACAAAGGAUCCACUCUUAACAAGAUUGUCAUAUGUGUUUUUCAGGUGGUCAAAAAUUGCAUCUCAUUUGCCGGGGAGAACUGACAAUGAGAUAAAAAAUGUGUGGAACACUCACUUGAAAAAAAGAGUAUCGUCAUCUAACAAGAAAAAUGUUGAAGUAAUGACUAAGCAGUCUUCGCCGACCUCCUCAUCUUCAUCCUCCUCCUUUUCCACCACCACAACCUCGUCUGGCAAAAGGAAUGUUCAAGCAACAAUUGAUAUCGGUGAUCAACAAAGGAAAAGGCAGAGAACUCAUUUGUUGAAUGAGGAUGAAGAGGAAGAAGAAGUGGUGAACGAGGAAGACAUUCAAAACAACAACGAGGAUGAGAUGAAUAAUGAUUAUGAAUUCAAAUCAUUGCCAAAGGACAUUUUGACUUCCUCGGCUUCAUCCUUUCCGAUGAAUUCCUCCAGCCUGAUUGAUAAUGUCAUGUCGAUGGAUUCGAUUUUUAGCUUGGGUGAAUCGGUUGGUAACGUCUAUGAUGUAUUGGAAGAGGUGAGCCGACCCGGAGUUGAGGACUUCACCCUUGAGAUUCCUUUGGAAUCCGACAUGGAGUUCUGGAACUUGUUGGAUGGGCUAACGGAAUCUAGUGGCAACGACGGUGAAAAUGUAGCUUGUUUGUCUGAUGACCAGCUGGGAGUUCAGGAGGUGGAUGAUGACAAGAAAAAGUGGUUGCGAUACUUGGAAACUGAAUUGGGUCUAGAGGAAAUCAACAACGAUACUAGAAACCCAGAAGACAACCUUACAAUUCCCCAAGUGUCAGGAGAGGGAAACAUACAGGUUUUAUACGACGAUGAAUCACUCCCUCCACAUGAAAAUAAAGCAGAAUCUGAAGAGAAUCCAACAGGUCCAAACCAGCCGCAUACUCAAGAUAUUUAACUCAAGUAUGGAGUGUUCUUAAUAGGAGUGUCUUGGAUCGAAUCAAAGAGCAAACUCAAUCGAUUCAAAAUGAACUGUACAAUACUAGGAAAAAAAAUAGUGAUACAGUUUGUUAAUUAACUAUGUUCAACAACAGAACCAAAUGUAGACAGCAUAUAUGAAUUGUGACAUGCUCCUAAGUCCUAACCUGUGAAAUUUGUAGCCAAGCUAAAGAAAGAAUUUACAGCAAGUUGUUAAAAAGAAAUACAGUCGCUUUUCCCUGUAUUUUGAUGGUAAAGUUCGAGGAUGAGCUCCAAUUGCAAAGCAAUAUAUACUUAUUAUAUUUAGCGACCACUGAUGUUCUUUAUUUUCCUUUCAAUUUCAGAUUUGGUGGUGGUAGGUGGGUAGGUAAAAAAAGAGUCCUUUAUGCUUAAACUUACAAACGACCUUUUCAACUGUCGGCCAAAAAAAUUUGAUGGGAUCGCCUGACUUAUCAUCUACUACUUGCCCUCCUCUGGUCACACAAGUGAUGUUAAUAACAAACACAAGAUAAUUUU